GCAAGGAAGCUAACAACAACACAUGGGAGUCAUAUUAAUCAACAAAUACGUUGUAAAAUAUGAGUUUCUAAAACCCCACGACUGCAGGACCUGGACUCUAGCCUACGGAUGCUCGUUAGCUCCUAGUUUAGCAUCGGUUCGUCGGUUACAAUCAGAAACAUCUGAGUGCCCUAUGAAGUGAUAAAAGGAAGUUAUUUUUCCUGAGUCUAACUGCUGUGUUGAUCAUGGAUGACUUGGAUAUAGAGCUGGGGUGUCAUGCAGACUUAGAAGAUGACAAUGACUCCAUACAGUCCACCCCUAACAAAGAGGAGAAAACAUUAGCGCUUCCUCUGGUUACUGUGGCCCCUAUAGGGGCACGGAAUAAAAAUGGGUUCCACUACAGCACCCGCAUGUGCGUGGAGCAGGUCAGAGAAGACAUGCUGCAUCACAAAUGGCAGGAGGCAGCAGAAAACAUGGCAUGCUUACCCCAAAUUUUAGAAAACUUGGACAAACACCAAUCACUGCCGAUUAAAGAACUUAUUUGGAGAAUGAGCACUGAGAUCCUUCACCAUCAUCCCAACUCAACAAUGGAAGACUACAACAACAUCUACGAACGAAUGAAACAUUCAGGAGUUAAACAUUACCUGUUGAUCUGUCUUGAACACGGCUUUCACCUACUGCUCCACGGUCAGACUGAAGAUGCAAAGCGGCAGCUGUCUGGAGCUGAAAGCUGGAGGUAUGGGAAGGAGUCAGCAGCUCAGCUCCAAAGGGCCAAACUGAUCCAGGCCUACAGGAGCUUUCUGGAUUACAUCAUCUGGUGUGACAAAAAGUUCGCCUACUCCAAAGACAGUGUUUUGGACUCUAAUGACGACCAAACCAUGCAUAACUACUUCAGACAAGCUUCUGUGAAUCUACGGGAGAUUGUUGAAAAUCCAGGCGUCUGGGAUCCAUUCAUACUGAGUUAUGUUGAGAUGCUGGAGUUCUACGAGGACCACGAGGAGGCUCUGAAAGUCCUGAACAACUACGCGUACGACAAAAACUUCCCGCCCAAUCCCAACGCUCAUCUGUAUUUGUACCAGUACCUAAAGCGGCACGAUGCCCCAGACAAGAAACUAAUGAAAACAAUGAAGGUCCUCCGUUUUUUAGUCCCAAGCCAUGAGCUGAUGUUGGAGUACAGCUCUCUGCUGCUUCAGUCAGAGAAGAAAAGUGACAACCAGAAAGCUUUAGGAGUUCUUCUUGAAAUGCUGGACUACGCCUGCUGGAGGAGCAACCUGGACGUGUGGAGGCGUUUAAAGGCCGUCAUUCAGAAACUCCAGACUGAGAAAGACUGGAAGGUCGUCGUCUCUGAAAAUAUGGCCGCAAGAAAAGACUGGUGGCCUGCGCUGCACUUCACCAGCUUCCAUGCUAAAAAAGACUCUGAGGAGAACCCCGAGCUCCUGGAAGUGAAGUCAUCGCUCACAAGUAUCCUUUGUCCAGAUCUCCCGCUCAGAUACACCGCACAACUGCCUUCAAACGGUCAAGGAGAAAGUUGACAUGCCGUCCAGGACGACUGAAACCUUCAGGCAGCGAGUCUUGAUGAAUGAAUCAAACUGUCUCGCCUCGCGCUCUGUUCGUCCACUGUGUGGCGCUCUUGUUCUGCGCGUUGGCAGCGCGUAUCCGGAGGGCACGGCCGUGGCUCGCGUUACGCAGAAGCUGCAGAGUGCAGAUCUGAAUGUCAGCGCUCACGUUGGUUUCAUGGUUUCUCGAAGCAUUUUAAUGAGGGCUGACCUUUGACUGAGUGUGUGCCGCGCAGAGCCUGAGGGAUUUUCUCUCCGUCGACUCUGUUGUCAUGUCCGAAGACUCAUCACAGACCUCUGAGCUGCGUGUUGUGCUGAAGUUCAAGAGACAAACGAGAUUAGUUGGUGGUUGCUGCUAACAGCUUCAGUAUUAUAUCAUAGUAGAUCUUAUUCUUUUUGCACAGAUACAGAUAAUCCUCUAUUUUAUUCAUAAUUUUGACACCAUUUAUUAUUAUUGUUUGUAUAAAGAGAUGUUCUGUACUUAAGAAUGUAUCUAUUAGCCUAACAUUUUUAUAUUCUUGACACCAAACCUUGGAAUAAACCUUGGAAUAAAUGCUUGCAUACAGCAGCUCGCCCAUUUUAAGGGCUUUAAAGUGUUGGUAAUGAUUGUGUUUGGGCUUGCCACAGUGUUGGCCAUGCAGCAGCUCAGUCAGCCAUGCUCUAUGUGCGUGUGUGUGUUGCUUUGCAGGCAUUACAUAAACCAAAGCCCAAAGCACUUGCCCGACCGCAGCAGCAGCUGCAGAAGGGAUCUGGGAAUACAUAACACAUGUUGUUUGAAAAUUCAAAACAUGGGGAGCGGCGAAGGGGAUCGAAGCCGGUCACUGCUUCUCGACACCGUCCUGGUUGUGACCCUUUUUUUUUUUUUUUUUUGUAUCUCAGGCUUUUGAAUUUUUUAAUCACCUACACAGAUGUUCACAGUCGAGCCAGGCGUUGCACUGUCGUGUAGCGGCCCUGUUGGGAGUUCGGUUGACAGUGAAGAGGUGAUUUUUCGUCCAGGCGUAGACUCACGCGGGCUCUUGAACUUUCCAAGGUCACAGAGGAGGCUUUGAAGUCCGUUGUAGUUUGGCUUUUCCUGACCGGUCAAGAUAGAGGCAGAUGUAACCGGGUAUUACGGAUCAUCAGGAGACAAACAGGACAGAGCGUCCCUCUGUCCUUUGUUGCCUCGUGAAGCAGUCGGCAGGGGUCUGGGGCGAGGUGUCCUAGCUGUUCUGGUGUUACAAUGUUGCCGGUUUGACUCAGGUUAGGCUUAAAACCUUCCUUUUGAUGAAGCUCAUUGUUACGGCCUUGGUUACGCUGCCAUAGGACUCACUCUUAGGGGACUCGUAAUGAGCGUCUAUCCUCUCCUCCGUCUCAUUAUCCAUGUGUUCAGGCGCUAGACGCAUUAACUCUGUGCCUUCUCGCAAUCUCAGAACUUGCGCUUUUUCUACAAAAGGGAAUUUAGAUUCAGGCUUUAUCCAUUACCUCCCAUGUAUCAUGUACCAUCACUUAGCAUCAUGUACAUACAUCGAUCAGGCAUAAGAUUAUGAUCCUAUUAUUGUGUAGGUUUCUCUUGGGCCUCCAAAACUGUUGGGACUCAUUAGAGAAUAGAUAUCAGCCUCCUCAUGGUGUCUGGUAACAGGAUCUUGUUAGUGGGGGCUUUGGAUCCUCCUCCUUGUGGAUCAUCCUACAAGUACUUGAUCAGUUUCUAGUGGAUUUUGAGGCCAGGUCAACACCUCCUGCUGUUCUUCAUGUUUUUGUGUCAGGCUGCAUCCUGCUGGUGGUUCGGUGGGGGCAUAUUGAUCUAAAUAUCGAUACCAAGGAGUUAACGCGUUAAUCCCCACCUGUAGCAGAAGGUGGGAUAUGGACAGAGUUUGACACUCAAAUCAUAGCAUGAUAGCAGCAUCGUACAGCUGGCACUGAUGCCGCUAUUGAAACGCGUUGGUACUCGUAAGAGAAGAUAAUUCCACUGGAUGCAGACCUACUUCAUUGGUGGGAAAUGAAUAAGCCAAUAUUUGCAUGUCUGAGCAAGAUUGCAUAAAAAAAAGUACAAUGGUAAUUAUUUAAUUUUUAUACUGUUAACUUGCUUUAUAUUGUAAUGAAUUAAUAAAAAAAAAAAAAACAGGUUUAUUUGCCUAA